CAAUAUCCUCUGCUCCAGCUUCUACACCGGGCACUUGUCCAUCGUGGCAAUGACGGCAAAGUAUUUUGAAAUCACGGGCUGCGAAGUUGGGGUGAUACUACGUACCGUAGGUACACCUGGCACCUCCAGCAUUGGCCGAUCCUAAACUUUCGUUAUGGUGGGGCCUUCCAACCCUUUCUUGACGCUGGCAUCUUCAACUCCGUUGGCAUCACAGCCACCUUCUCCUCCUGGGCCGGGCGCGGGCUGUCGUUGUGAUUAACUAGAUCCCCAGAUCUCGCAAUCAUCUACGCCACGAUCUACCUACUUAUAUACCUUUGGCGAUCUCGAAAGAGCACACCUAGCUCACGCGCUCCCUCCCCCACCAAACGACGCAUCUUCCAUUCAGGUUGCGCCAUACGCCAGACUUUAUCAAUCCCACCUCUCACCUCAUUUUUGGAUUGCUCAAACAAACCAGCUAUGCCUUCCGAAGCUACAAAAGCGUCAAACGCUGGCAUAGUCACCGCUCAAACCGGCGAGCGCCACAUCCCCGAGUCCCAGCGCGCAGAUGGCAGCACCCGCAAAGCGAUCAAGAUUCGACCGGGCUACCGUCCCGCCGAAGACGUCGAGGUCUACAAGAACCGUACCGCCCAUGCCUUCCAGGAGCGACAAAAAAGGGUGGGAGUCCCAGGAACGCAGGGGUUGAAGGACGACAACAGCAAGGCAGCGGAGGCGAGCAGCGCCGCGAGCAAUAAGAACGCAAAACGGCGCGAGGCCAGGAAAAAAGCCAAGGCAACUGAGGGAGAAGAGGGUGCUGCUGCAGGUGCGACAAAGACAGAAGAGCAACAGACGCCUGUGGACCCUGAGGUCGAGAAGGAGAAGAAGGCGAGGAACCUCAAGAAGAAGUUGAAGCAAGCCAGGGAUCUGCAGAACAAGAAAGAGGGAGGCGAAGCGCUUCUGCCCGAGCAGAUCGCUAAACUCAUCAAGAUCAAUGAGCUGAUUCGGGAAUUGGAAGCAUUGGGCUUGGAUGCUGACGGCGAGCGCAACGACAAAGCAGACAAGAAGGAGAAGGGUGCCGAGGACGAGGCUACGGGGACAAAGUAAACGCCAUCACUUGGCCGCGACCGCAGUCGGAUGGUAGGCUUGGGGAUGUAUACUGUGUGCUUUUCAAUCAACCAGCCGGGGAUUAGAUGGGCAUGGCCACGGCGUUACGGUCGAAUUGGACUACGAGGUUAUUAUU